AUGGUGUCAGUGUGGACCGUACCUAUCGCCAUAGGGGCGGCCGAGGUGGGCAGUGGCGGCAGCAGCGUGGCGCCUUCAGCGUCAGGCGGCGAUGCUCCCAAGGCGGCACGUGUGGUGGGCAGCGGUGGCGUGGCACCUUCAGCAGCACGUGUGGUGGGUGGCAGCGACACUUCCAGGGUGGCACGUGUGGCGGGCGGCAGUGGCGUGGCACCUUCAGCGGUGCGUGUGGUGGGCGGCGGCGAUGCUCCCAAGGUGGCAUGCAUGGCAGGCAGCGGUGGUGUGGCACCUUCAGCGGCACGUGUGGCGGGCAGCAGUGGCACACCCUCCAUGGUGGGCGGUGGCAUGGUGCCUUCAGCAGCGCGUGUGGUGAGCGGCAGUGGCGCAACCUCUGUGGUGGGUGGUGGCAUGGCGCUCCCUUGGUGUGGCAUACCCUCGGUGACAUGCAUUGCUGGCAGUUGUGGCAUGCCCUUGGUGACGUGUGUGGCAGACGGUUGUGGCAUGCCCUCAUUGAUGUAUGUGCCUAGCCUUUGUGGCAUGCCCUUGGUGACGUGCGUGGCAGGUGGUUGUGGCAUGCCCUUGGUGACGUGCGUGGCGGGCAGUUGUUGCACGCCCUCGGAGAAGUGCGUAGCGGGCGGUUGUGGCACACCCUCGGUGAUGUUCGUGGUGAAGGAGAUGACGAGGACAUUGAGUCGUUCAUACGAGCCAAAGUUCGACUUCAUCGCCGCCUUGCUACCAGAGGCCACCUAA